AGGCUGCCUCCCUGAACGAGAAGGUGGGUGCUUCCUGUGCGUGUCGGCUGCGGUUGAGAAGCGCGGAUCUAAGUUGUGGAGUUCGAACCUCAUGGCGGAGAUAAUUCACGAACACCUAGAAGAUCGACUCCCCGAAUUGGAACAGCUGGAGCGCACUGGACUGUUCAGUCCUUUGGAGAUUAGGGCUAUCAUUCGGAAGGCUUCUGAAUUAGAAUACAGAAUACAGCGAAGGGCCCUUUUAAAGGAUGACUUUAUCCGUUAUGUUCAAUAUGAAAUUCAUCUUUUGGAGCUGAUCCAGAAAAGAAGAUUACGCAUUGGAUAUUUAUUUAAGAAGGAUGAGAUUGAGAAUUCUAUUAUACACCGGGUACAAGGUAUCUUCCGACGUGCUUCAGCAAAAUGGAAAGAUGACGUUCAACUUUGGCUAUCUUACAUAGUUUUUUGUAAGAAAUGGGCUACGAACACUCAACUUAGCAAGGUGUACUCUGCCAUGCUGGCCAUUCAUUCCAACAAACCAGCUUUGUGGAUUAUGGCUGCCAAAUGGGAAAUGGAAGAUCGAUUGUCUUCAGAAAGUGCGAGGCAACUAUUUCUUCGGGCUCUGCGCUUUCAUCCAAAGUGCCCAAAACUUUAUAAAGAAUACUUUCGGAUGGAGCUGAUGCAUGCUGAAAAGCUGAGGAAGGAAAAGCAAGAAUUUGAAAAAGCCAGUAUGGAUGUGGAAAAUCUUGAUUAUUCUGAAGAAAUCCUUAAGGGCGAGUUGGCACGGAUCAUCUACAAAAAUUCUGUAAGCAUAAUUAAAGAUGCAGGAUUUCACGUGUCACUGCUUUCAGUUGCACAGCUGUUUGACUUUGCCAAAGAUCUACAAAAGGAAAUUUAUGAUGACCUUCAGAUUUUACACACAGAUGAUCCUCUCACUUGGGAUUAUGUGGCAAGGCGAGAGUUAGAGAUUGAGUCACAGCCAGGAGAAGAGCAGCCGGCAAUGAAACAAACCAAAGCGGCGGAGGUAGGCCGGAAGGAGGAGAGGUGCUGCGCCGUGUAUGAAGAGGCAGUGAUGACCGUGCCAACAGAGGCCAUGUGGAAGUGCUACUUUGCCUUUUGCUUGGAAAGAUUUGCUAAGAAGACAAAUAGUGGAUUCCUCAGAAGGAAGAGGCUGGAAAGAACCAUGACUGCAUUCAGGAAAGCACAUGAACUCAAGCUUCUGCCAGAAGUCCAAUACAAGCAGUGGAUUGGGGCGUUGUUGCUUCAUAAGUUCUUUAAGGAAGCUCUGGAGGUGGCAAGAGCUGGGACAGAAUUGUUUAGAGACUCUGGAACAAUGUGGCAGUUGAAGCUGCAGGUGCUGAUUGACUCAGAGAGCCCUGAUAUAGCCAUGUCGUUUGAAGAAGCCUUUAAAACUCCAAAACUCCAGGCUUGCCUGCCAUUGUGGCUUUCUUGGGCAGAGUGGAGUGAAGGUGCCAAAAGCCAAGAAGACACCGAGGCAAUCUUUAAGAAUGCUGUCUUAGCUGUCACAGGUGCAGAAUCAGUAAUUCUGAAGGAUAAGUACAUGGAUUGGGCUUAUCGAAGUGGUGGCUACAAAAAGGCCAGAACAGUGUUUAAAAGUUUACAGGAAAGCCGUCCACUGUCAAUUCAUUUUUUCAGGAAAAUGAUUCACUUUGAAAAGGAACAAGAAUCUUGCAAGAUGGCGAACAUAAGAGAAUAUUAUGAGAGAGCUUUGAGAGAGUUUGGAUCUACAGAUCCUGAACUUUGGAUGGAUUACAUCAAAGAAGAAUUGAAGCAUCCCCUUGGUAGACCUGAGAACUGUGGACAGAUCUAUUGGCGAGCCAUGAAAAUGUUGCAGGGGCAGUCAGCAGAGGCGUUUGUAACUAAACAUGCUAUGUAUCAGACUGAGCAUUCAUGAAGAAGAAGAAUACAACCAAUUUUGUGAAAUACUAUUGCAAGCCCUCUGGGGAGAUUUGUAUUAUGAGCCAAUCUGAAUUUGUACAGAGGUGGCAGACAAGAUGGCUGUCAUGCUUAGUUUUGUGUUAAUGUGUUUAUCUUUUUUUAAUUAAGAAUUUUUUAUUUUAAAAAAAAUUGAGAUGGGGUCUUGAACUUCUGGACUCAGAUGACCCUCCCACCUCAGCCUCCUAAGUAGCUGGGCCUGCACUAUCACGCCCAACUCAAUUUGUUAAUCUCUAAUUCCAGGAAAGAGAACUGCUUGUAAAUUUUACCCUAGUUUUUUUUUUUGGUGUCUGUUUUUUGUUUUUUUUUUUUAAAUUUCUGGUGUCUGUUUUUGAUGCCCAGAGCUAUUUUGUUUGUAUAUGAUGUCUUACUUUUAAAAUGCUUUGAAAGCUCGUUUUGUUGCUGAGGACAACUCAGUUUUAUUCUCCAUUUAAUUAGUCUUUCUAACACUGUUUAGCCAUUUUUUUCUCUUCUGCUUUGUGAUGCUACCUUUAUUACAUAUUAAAUUUCUAUGAAUAUUAAAGAUUA